CCCAUCUCCAGCUGGCACUGUAACCUCAAAAAAAAAUGUUUUGUUUACUUUUGCGCCGCUCUGCAGUUCAUAAUUCCUGCAAAUUAAUCAGUAAACAGAUUGCCAAGCCCGCGUUCUACACACCCCACAAUGCCCUGCACACCACAAUACCGCGGCGGCAUGGCGAGUUCGAAUGGCAGGAUCCCAAGUCCAAGGAUGAAAUAGUGAACAUCACAUAUGUGGACAAGGAUGGAAAGCGCACCAAGAUCCAGGGCAAAGUGGGCGACAAUGUUCUGUACUUGGCCCAUCGCCAUGGUAUCGAGAUGGAGGGCGCCUGUGAGGCUUCGCUGGCCUGCACCACCUGUCAUGUGUACGUCCAGCAUGAUUACCUGCAAAAGUUGAAAGAGGCCGAGGAGCAGGAGGACGAUCUGCUGGACAUGGCGCCAUUUCUGCGCGAGAACUCCCGGCUCGGCUGUCAGAUACUCCUCGACAAGAGCAUGGAGGGCAUGGAACUGGAGCUGCCCAAGGCCACCAGGAACUUCUACGUCGAUGGGCACAAGCCCAAGCCACAUUAACCUUAUUGUUAUCCCACAUUAUUAAUAAUAUAUAACGACUGUUGAAAUACCA